UAUGGAUCCAUUCUACUGCUCCUGUUCUGCUUGUAAAAAAUUUUUAACCAAAUAUUUUAAAGGCUACGAAUCUUUAUUAUACGAAUCUGAGGAUGAGAGGGUUCGAAGGACCCGCGUAGUAUCGGCGUCUUUAGGUAAAAGUGGAAAUAAGGAUAGUUGCUCAAUUAGAGUUGGAGAUAGAGUAAUCAUUCGCGGUAAUCAAAAAGGUUUUGUCAAGUUUAUAGGUCCUUUAUCCGAUAAUAUUGGAGCAGAAUUGUAUAUUGGUGUUCAACUGGAUGAAAAUGUAGGUUCUCAUACAAACGGUAUAAUUAGGGGCAAGCGAUACUUCUAUUGUCCUCCUGGUCAUGGAGCUUUCGUCAAAUACCCAGAAGCUAAACUAAUUCCUCGUUAUAAUAAAAGACCAAAUACUAGGAGUGGAAAUAACAAAGACAGGCGUCUUUUACAAAGAUCGAGAACCAUGCCAAAUUUAACGGGAAAGCAAAACUUGAAAAGAGGUACUGGAAAAUAUGGAGAUUAUUCGGGUACCAUAGAAAAGUUGCGGGAAGCGUAUGAAAUUGGUUUAAUCUUAGAGAGCAACGAAAGAGAUGAAAAUUAG